GCAUGCGCAGUUUCUAUGGCCUGAAUAUGUCGGCUGGGUAAAGUACGUUAAAUGUUAUCAUGACCGAAAGUAUUUCCUUUGGUUAAGUACAUUGGCGCUAAGUUGUUACGAGAAUUGUUGCAAUUCUGAACAAUUGACGAUUAAGAAUACCAUUUAUAGAAUUAAUACGGAAUUUGGAAUUUGUUGUAUCGUUCAUUCGAAAAUUAAAUAGUAGAGAAGACCUUAUGUCAAGACGGUUCGGUGUCGAAAGAACCGACGACGUAUGCCAAUAUGAAGAAACUUUUUUCAAAAAUAGAAAACACAUCGAAAGAACCAAACAGUUAUUUAGGAAAGGUCUUUGUGGUAGGACGUUACACAGUGACUGUUGAAGAUGUUUUGGCGGAAGGAGGAUUUGCUAUUGUGUUCCUGGUUAAAUCUUCAAAUGGACGUUAUGCGCUUAAACGCAUGUAUGUCAACAAUGAGCAGGACCUCAAUGUUUGUAAAAGAGAGAUACAAAUUGCGAGUAAUUUGAAUGGUCAUAAAAAUAUCAUAGGAUAUGUGGAUAGCAGUAUAGCUCACAUUGGUGGCGGUGUUCAUGAACUGUUGCUUUUAAUGCCUUAUUGCAAGUCUCAAGUUCUACAGAUAAUGAAUAACAGGUUACAAACUGGCUUUACCGAAUCUGAAAUUUUGCAAAUAUUUUGCGACGUUUGUGAAGCUGUUUCUAGAUUACAUCAUUGUCAGACCCCGAUAAUACAUAGAGAUCUAAAGGUGGAAAAUAUAUUGUAUUCCGAUGCUGGUCAUUAUGUUUUAUGCGAUUUUGGUUCGGCAACAGCGAAAGUUCUUAAUCCCAGUGUGCAGGGUGCCGCCAUAGUUGAAGAAGAAAUUAAGAAGUAUACGACUCUUAGUUAUAGAGCACCCGAAAUGGUUGAUAUGUAUUCUGGGAAAUCAAUUACAACAAAAGCCGAUAUAUGGGCGCUGGGUUGUUUAUUAUAUAAAUUAUGUUUCUUCACAUUGCCGUUUGGAGAAAGCAUGCUCGCUAUUCAGUCAGGAAAUUUCACUAUACCCGACAAUUCGCGAUAUAGUAGAAGCCUUCAUUGUCUGAUUCGUUAUAUGCUUGAGCCGGAUCCUGAUAGCCGCCCUGACAUUUACCAAGUUUCUGUGAUUGCUUUCCAAAUCCAGGGCAAGGAGUGCCCUGUACAGAACUUACAUAAAGUACCAGCUCCAGUUUUGGAAUCAUUACCCUACCCAUGUACGGAGUCUGAAAACGUAAAAAGAUCAUCGCUGGUGAAAACACCAAAGCCGUCUCCUGUAACUACCGUCGAAGGUACUUCGGUAACGCCACGACAACGACCAAAAGGACAGGUUGUAAGCACUGGCCCCAUAAGUUUAAGCGGGCAGAUCGUCAGUCAAAUUUCUGGUCAGGGAAAUCAAUCGCAGUCGCAACAGCAACCUCAAUCGCAACCGCAACCACAACCGCAGUCACAGCCGCCACCGCAGACGCAGCAGCAACCGCAGUCGCAAUCACAACCGCAGUUACAGUCACAAUCGCAGCCACAGCCGCAGUCACAGUUACAGUUGCAGCUGCAAUCACAAACUGCGUCGCAAACGUACAUAGGACAGAGCGUGCAACAAAAUGUUCAAUCACUGGCAGUGAACGCGAAAAUGGCUCAUCAAGCGACGCCACCGUCAUCCUUUGCGCAAGCUUCUUCCGGUUCAUUUUGUCAAUCGCAGCAGGGUCAACAAUCGCAGUACAGUCAAUCACAAAAUCCUAUCGUCGGGCAUUCUCCGGUGACUGUCCCGGAGAAAAGUCAAUAUUACUUCGACUCGAAGACUGGGAGCAACGUGAACGAAGAUAAUUUGGAAGCGCUCUUUCCACCAUCGGGGUACCCGGAUCCGUUCAAGGAUGAUGCACGAACUAUGCCACCACCUGCAAAAAUACCGCCCCCUGUAGCUCCGAAACCCGCCAAAUCACUCCCUAAAGUGUCCAGUAUUUCUUCUACUUCUAGUUGUCUGCCUCCAAUGUUCCCACCCGUUACCCCGUUGGCAUCGAAAUUGAACAUUCCAGUGGGAUCCGGUAUGGUAGCUCCUCCCACAGCACCACCCACAUUACCGAAACCAGUGAACAAGACGGAAAGUUUAAGUCAGCAUAUAAGUCUGAGCACUUCUCCGCCCGAUAGUCCGACGGUAUUGUCUUGCGUACGUCACAGGAGAAACGUUAGCGAUACAAGUGCUUUCAACAAAGCAUUCGCAAGCGAAACAACACAGUUUCUGGCACCGUAUGAAGCAUCGGUGAAGUCGCGCUCAGAAGAUGACACAUCACCCGAAGUUGUAACCGAUAUAAGGCCUUGUUUAGGAACUAGCGCUUCGCAUGUACGUAUUGGCGAACUUUCGAGCAUAAUAGCGACAGAAGGAAGAUCAUUAAGCGCAGACGUAGCAGCUUGGAAUCCCUUUGAGGAUACACAGCCGUUCGAUCAGUUAACUGAAGAUCAUAUUUUCGGCGCGGAAUUUGAUAAAAUUCGACGAGGCAGUAAUACAAGUAUUAGUGGAGUAAAAAGUCGUGAAAGUCUGGUUAUGACGUGUACAGAAUUACCGGAAGAUCCAUUCGAAUCCGCACCUUUUAGUUUGCCAAGAGGAAAGAAGAAUAAAAUUGGAUCGAAGACUGCGGCACUUGCUGGAGACCUAUCUGCAAACGGUAGAUCGAGAGUACCUUUGAAUCAAUGGAAUUCAGGGAUCAACUGCGUCGAAGUCGACGAGAAUACGAUCCUCUUGACAAACAGUGCUGCUUCUCCACCUUUUGUGCAAGCUCCUAUGGAAGACAGAUCCAAGUACGAGAAGCUGACGUUCAAUGCCGGCGAUAUGUCUAGUGACAGCGACAAAGAUGUGACGCAACAACGAAUUAAACAAAAGAGAAAAAGAACCAAGAACGUGUUGCGUAAAAACAUGAAAAAGGAUACUAGCAAUCUGAUGAAACAGGUAGGUUCCGCUAAUGCCUUCGAACACAAACACAAAGUUGAUGCCAACGUGAAUGCAAAUGGCCUUGACAAAAGUUCAUAUGGAAAACAUGAGAAUCAGAGAAGCCGCACAGAUCAAGGAUGCGAGAGCACAAGACAACAAACUGUUCGAGACAAUGACAAUGAUAAGCAAGAUCAAGUGGGCGAGCAAGAUAAGCAGGAGGAAGAAGAGGAAGAAGAGGAGGAAGAGCAGGAGGAGGAAGAGAUGAGGAGGGAAAAUGAGAAGAAGGAAGAAGAGGAGGAGCAAAACCUCGAAGAAGAGGAGGACGAGGAGGAAACCGAAGAGGAAAAACAGGAAGAAGAUGAAGAGAAGGAAAGAAUUGAUGAGAAACGCAAGGAAGAACACGAGCAGGGACAGGGAGGCGAUGAUGACAGGAAUCAUGUAGGUAUCGAAAAGCAUAAACACAAGAAAAAAUGUCCUAGAAGGAACGAAUCCAUUUGUACACCGAGAGGGAAACGUUACAAAAGGAACGCGUCGAGAAAGCGUAUAGGUGAUUUAUUGAUACAGGGCCACGCGGAUCCAAUUGUCGGUCAUCAAUAUGGAGAUCAGCCUUUACUAUUGGACGAUGAGCUCGAUACGGAGGAGCCUGCAUCGAAAUUGAAAUUGAAACCAAAACGUUCGUACGGUGAUCCAUUUGCCGAUCAACGAUACAAUCCGAAAUCUGUGUCUUUGGACGAUGAAAGUUCGUUGGACGAAUGCGAGACGACAGAAUUUCCAACAGACGGAACGAUCCGGGUCAAGCAAGAUGUUUUCUCGUUAGCUCCAUUCCGAAGAUCCAGUAAUUCCAAGAAAAAUGACAGCGAAGAAGAGAACGACUCUAGAAAUAUUGACUACGAUAACUUGCCUGACGAGAGAAUGGGUCCUAUCGAGAACAGAUUAUUGUCCAAGUACAAUUUAUCUCGAGGCACUAUCACAACGAACAAAGAAACUUGCGAAGGAUGCUUACCGUCCAAAUUAACAUCGAGUAUUAAUCGUGGACGAAUUGGAGAAAACGAGGAUAAUGGUAACGUGGAGCGGGAGACAGAACUGGAGAGGGAAAUACAACGAGAAAAACAACAAGAGAAAGAGAAAGAAAACGACGAAGAAGCAAAAGAUAAAGAUUUGUUUGGCUCCUCUCCUUUCAGCCCAUGUGGUUUUGCAAAUCCCUUCGUGCAUCGAACACUGUCGAAUUACGUUCUAAAGGAUGAGUCAAGUCUGCCGAUCAGAGGUUUCGAGAUUGGAGAAUCGUUGUGCGACAGUAACCGCGACAACGUUUCCUUUUGUCCUAAUCAGUCGCGGACACCUAUGAACGUCCAUUCCCUAGUAGAAGCUACUUUCUGCGGCGUAACGAACGAUUACGAUCAUUCCAAAGAUCUGUUCGGGUCUGAACCGUUCGACGAGUUUGCUGCUCUUCGACCGGACGAGCAGCGACCACAACAACCACAAUCGCAAUCACAAGCACAAAGAUUGUACCCUCAACAGUUGCCUUCGCCAAUGACAAAUUUUGUCGAAGGUACAUUGAACAUGGUACGAUCCGACAAGGCCGUGAUGUCGAAUGUAGCUCGAUCGACAUCUUCUUCGGUUGAUACGACAUACUCGAUUCCACCGAUUCAGCCGAUUCAAUCGAUGCAGUCUGUUCAACGCGCUUCUCGAACUGUCGUUCAUCACAGCAACAGCAUGUCGAGAUCCGAUGGUAUACAACUGAACGUUUCGGCAAUGUCGCCGGAACCAUUGGUCGGCUCCGAGGACGUACCGAAACACAAAAGGGAUAAAUUUAAAUCGGAAAAGUCAAAGUAUCAAUUAAUCGACGAAAAUCAUGGGGACGCAGUUAACGUUCUACCUUCGAGCUUAUUGUCCUACAAAGGCAAAUCUGCGUGUCACAAGAAAACCGCCAAGACGAAAAAGUGUUCGGUUGUUGUUACAGCUGGCUUCAGCAACCUAAGCUUCGAAGAUUUUCCAAGUGACGAGAACGAGGAAAAGCGAAUCAAGACGCCGCAGAGAAUCACGCCUUUCGAAGUUGUCAGAGAACCCGAGAAACGGUUUGGAUCGUUAAAAAGGCGAAGCAAUCCGUUCACUUGAGACACUGUCGUUGCGAAUGCUGUUAUGGAGAAGUUGCUGUAAACAAAAUUCUCGGACGAAUGGCUAUUUAAAAGUGCUAUAAUUUCGACGUACCUGUUCAUACACAUAGAAAUCGUAUAAUGUAUAGGCGAGGCUAGGCGAGACUAGGCGAGAUUAGGCGAAAUUAGGCGAGACUAGGCGAGACUUGCCAAAGAAUCCCAUUUUCCGAUAUAUUUCCCAUCACCAUUUAGAAUUUCAUGAAUCCGUCUAUACUCUGCCAUACCAUACGUGUUGGUUGUUUGUAUCCUGCUCGAUGUAGCUAUUCUGCUGGCAACGGGUGUCGAUGAGAUCUCCUCGGAACGAUUCCUCGGGCCGUACACUGGUCAACCAGGCUAUCGCUUCCGUCUAUUUUUCUAUUUAUAGUGAAGGGCUUUCACUGGUUUGUACUUAAACCUUUGUACACUUUUACUGUAACAGAUACUCCUUUGCUGCAGCUACCUACGAUUAUUGCUCUCGCUCGCCGUUGCUAUCGCUAUCGCCUAUUGCUAUUGCUAUCGCUAUCGCUAUCGCCUCUCGCUAUAUAUAUAUAUAUAUAUAUAUAUAUAUAUAUAUUUGGUGUAUGCAAAGAACGAUUUCUUACGAGGAGAAGAACUUUUCCAUCAUUUCUAUAAUAUCACAUUGUAUCAUUGGUUGGAAGGUAUGCCAACGAGUACACCGUCUUAAUGGGAAAAAAUUGCGUGCUCUCGAAAGAUCCGAGGGACAUAAUGCGACAAUUACCAACACGAUUAUGGCCCUUUUCCGUGCGCAAUAACAGAGUGAACGGUGACAAAUAACACAUGCUAAUAGAUUCUUAAAUCCCUAUCGAUUUCAUUUAAAAUGAGCAAGUCGCGAAGAUUUACAAAGGACUCAUUGUAAAGUAUUGUAAAGCACUGUAAUGCACUGUAAAGCACUGUGAAGCAUCGUGAAGCACUGUAAAGCACUAUAAAGCACUGUAAAACGCUAUAAAAUACUGUAAAGGAAAAGUUCUGUAAAUCAUCGGAAAACAUGGACAAGCUUCUUCGCCGCAAAUGCUGUCGGAUUCAAGUUUAUGAUCGCAAUUGAAAUAUUACGAAUGGUCUGUCCUAUUCGAAUUCGUAUAUAACCAGCUCGUGCAACACAGUACCACAAGGAAAAAGUAACCCAUAUAAGAAAAGAGUUUUUCAAGUCAUAUACAUAUAAUUGAUAGAUUAUUUAUUCUCAACUAAUCGUGUAAAAGUGUACAAACUUGUGUGUGUAUGCAGGUACGUGAUACGUGGCACGUACAUAUUUACUUGUUCGACAUGUACAUAGUAGUUAACGUAUACGUACGUUAUUAAUUUUAGGAGCCUUUUUUCGUUAAGUAGCAUUUCAAGCUUGAACUCUGUGUUAUCGCGUUGUAUACGUAAACAUGUAUACGUAUGAACAUUACUCGUGUGAAGGGAUAAAUAGAGUCAAUUCUGUCUCGCACUAGAAUUUAAUAAUGGGACGAUGUUCUGUUCAAAUUUCAGUUCCUAGAUAUACGUAGAUACGAAAGUAUCGUGUAAUGUUGGAAUACGGAAGAACGAACAGGAACAAGUGAAACUAAUGCGACACAACGUCGAUAUAUUAUAGUAAUUAAGUCGAACGAACUUUUCUUUGAUCGAAAUAUCAUCGAAAACAUUUUGGUAACAAUCGGCUGACCCGUUGCCACGAUAAGCGACCACCCAACAACAUAUAAUUCUCUGGUGGUCGAGCAAAACAGUAUUAACCGAAUUUUCGUCAAAAUAAUGUAAGCCGUAAAAAAAAUCUAAGUCUAAUGGGACGAAACGCGUAUUAGAAAUUUGUAUGACCAAAAUCGAACACCUUAUUUUAAUAUUGUAUACUGAAUCCACCUUUUCUGUACAUUUAAUCAUUCUGAUUUAUACCCUUUUCCCCGUCCACCAGAGAUUUAUUGGCUCAGUAUUGCUAGAAUAAAAGGUAGGUGCUCUGGGUGGGUUUAUUUCUUUGCCACGGUAUAGGAACCAUAAUACUCUUGCACCAUUAUAAAAGGCAGGCAACAGGCUGCGGCAGAGAAUGCGCGCGUGUGCCUACAUGCUAGAACGAUAGCGUGGUAAAAGUUACACAUUCCUUAUUGUUUGCUCGUCCAUGCGUAAUAUUUCUUCACUAUCCUUUUCACCAUACCAGUCAUAUUGUAUACUUGUACAAUUAAAACUCUUUUUGAUCCCUUCGAAAUUUCUUUAACGGUAAUUGAUGUUUCCUUCUUCCUUUUUUUCUCUCUCUCUUUCCCCCUCACACACACACGCACGCACGCAUGCACACAUACACAGAUGAGGGAAGGAGCGAGAAACAGAGAAAAACUAACGAUAAAGAACCUGUUGCAUCGAAGUACCGAUAGCAAAAACUACGACGGUGUAAAUGGUGUGUGCACGGUAUGAAAAGCAACCAGACCAAUUGUAAUGUAACGUAAUCUAACGUACUGUAACGUAAUGUUACGUAAUGUAACGUAAUGUAAGGAAAAAUAGAAUAUAUGGGCACACGUGUACCGAUGAUACGUGUACCACUGGGUAGAACGCGUAUGAUUCAACUACCCCCUGUGAACGACAAAGGAGAUUGGAAGAGGACGAAAUAUUUACUAUUAAAGCUGCUCAACAAUGACAA